CGUCGUUCUUUGAUAGUCAAGUUCAAGUUGCAAACGCAUCUACUUGAUGGAAGUAGUCCUCUAAAGACAUAUUCUUGCAGCGCAAGAAGCCUGAAAACAAAAUGGCAUAGUGAUAGAAGAUUGAAGAUUGUGAUGGACAAAAUAUGAUGGCAGGUACACCGGACAACACUGGGAUCACCCUUUCGGCGUUCUCGGACUACAAAAAAAAAAAAGUCCCUGCGGAGGCAAACUGAUUGGCUGACUCACCACUAGCUACCUAGAGAGUCUAGGCUAGACUACAGAAGCAGAACCGGAAGUAACGAACUUAAGGUUCAGAACUUUUUCAACCACAAUCAAUCAAGAGAAACAUAAAACUAAAAAAAAGAUGAGCAACUUUCAACCUUCUACGCCUUUCGGGGGAGGUGUAGGAGAAACAGCAUCCUCCCCAAGCUCUCCACAAAUUCAACCACAGAAUAGCAUUCUAGAGCAAAGUUUGCCUUUGGCGAGACAGACGCAGAUUCCACACCAGCCGCGAACCUUGGACAGCAUUUUUCGAGAUUACAAUCCGGACUUGACAGACGCAGAAGUGUAUGUUAAGACUCUGCAGUAGUACUACAGGAACUACUACCUUAAAAAUGUUAGUGUUACUACACUCAGAAAUAUUAGUGUUAUACUAAAACUACAGUCCUUCUACACUCAGGAGAUUCAAUUUUAGAAUUACCACUACGAGGACUACCUCCUCCUCUUAUAGAUGUUGGUACUUAACCAGGAGACUCCUACUUUAGAAUUACCACUAGUACGAAGACCCUUCUUAGAUGUUGGUACUUAACCAGGCGAAUCUCUCUAACUACGAAAGAUCUCUACUGGAAUUCGAAGCCCGCGAAUUUCGACGUGGAGAAGCACACGACAGGCUGCUGGCACGGAUUGUUCACUAUGUUAUGACAAGAGAGCUAGAUUUUUCCUCAAUCGAUUCUUUUCUAUUAAAAAUAUAUCCAUUGUAGUUCUUCAUAAUAAAUACUUUCUCAUUCUCUAUCUCUUUCUACUAGGUAGUACCACCCACGUCACACUUUGGUCUAGCCCCUGCUUCGUCUCCACUAAUAUCUAAGCCAAGACUGAGAGAGCGUGACGUCCAAGGUGAUGGCAAUUGCCAGUUUCGCGCCAUAGCAGAUCAGCUUUACGGCAAUGAGAAACAUCACGGCGCCAUCCGCAACAAAGUCUUGGAACGACUGCAGACGGAUGCAGAUUUCUACAGGGAUUAUGUAGGUAUUCUGACUGAGGUAAAAACUUCUUCGACAUUUUUGUAACACUAGUUUUUUUUUGCGAUUUUUCUUUGUUCUCCUGUUCUCGUAAGCUGCAAAGUACAACAUCGUCAACUUGAUGAACUACGUACUUGUAUUUGACCAAACAAAUGCAGAAGAUAGAAGUUAAACGACGGAACAGGCUCAAGCUCCACAUCACCAAAACACAACACCACCAGGUACCUCCUCUUCUUCGACCUCAAAAGACGUUAGCCCAGACGAGUCGUUUAAUCUGUAUCUAGUCAAGAUGGCGGAAGACGGGAGUUGGGGAGACCACGUUACUCUUCAAGCAGCCGCCGACGCCUUCGGAUGCGAAAUCAAACUGAUAAGUAUGGCAUGAUGACUUCAUCUGUUGCUCCUUUUGCUUUUCGCAAUCGCAACUGCAACAUCAUACUUACAGCUCAUAAAAUGAAAAUUAAAUCAAUUUCUUUGCUUCAUGAUCGUACUCGAAAACUCAAAAUAAGCGAGUUACUUGCUGAAAUAAGGGAGGUAGCUUAACAUCAAGACUACCCAUCUUCCUUCUCAUCAGUGUCUCCCUUAUUUCCAGUAGUUACUUGCUUAUUUCAGUUUUUCGAAUACGCUUUUUAGUAUCUACUUCUAUGAUUCACGCCCUUUCCCUUUGUGGACGAUAUGUCUGUGUACUUAUGUACAUAUUUUCCCUCGCAAUCUGUGGACGAUUUGUGUAUAAUGUACAUAUUUUCCCCUUCAUACGAUCGAGCUACGAAACCGAUGCGAUUAUCAGUGUAAAGCCAAGACCGAAUGAUGCCGGAAGCAGAUCUCGUUCGAGGAGUAGUAGGAUCUUGUGGCUCACCUUCUGGGCUGAGGUGCACUACAACUCGGUGGAAGAAGAUCCCGAACUCCACUGA